GAUGAAACUGAAGACAGGAUCGUUUCUGUGGUACCUCUAUCUGGACAAAGUAUACUGCUUACUGUCUGUGAGGAACGUGAAGGUCUUGGUGGAGUAUUUUCACCUUCUCGACGUGCACGGCAAGAACACCUUGAAUGAUGUGCUGUUCUAUCACUUCCUUCAUCACGUGACUGACUUGAAAAAGAAACAGAUCAAGAUCGUGUUUGACAUGCUGGACUGGAAUGCCGUGGGCGAGAUCGGCUUUGACCAGUUCUACAUUUUGGUGUGCAUACUGCUGGCGCACCAGAACCAUUUGGAAGAGCAGUUUCUGUAUCGCCAUUCUCGGUCUGUUUUUGACCUGCUCGACCUGGAUGGGGAGGAGAGAAUUGGUGAAGCCACCUUCCAAAUGUACAGAUUUCUCUUCAAUAUUCAUAAACAGGAACUCACAGAGCUCUUCCAUGAGUUUGACGUCACAGGUGACCAGCUCCUCAAUUACAAGGAAUUUAAGCUGUAUACUAUCUUCUCCAUGGACAAAUACCAGAAGAGGCAGCAAGCAGAAAGAGAAAAUCUCUCAUCUUCGAAACCUCACAUUAAGUGGCUGUGAGCAAAGAGAAUC